AUGAAUGGAAAUCAAUGCAAAGCUAACGAGCUAGGAAGCAAAAUGCAACUGCCUCUGUCACGUGUCGAUUCGAGUUGUCUUGGAAUCGGCGUUCUAUUGCUUCUGCCUAGACUCAGAAAGACGCCAAUGUGAGGUAGGCAAUCUCCUACUCGAGUCUGGUUCCGGGAUCCCCCCCAAUGGCCCGCCUAUUGCUGACGGCUACACGUGACAGCGAACCCGGCUGAGGAGUAGGAUUAUAGGGUGGCAUGUUGCCCGACGUGUCAUGCUGCUCAACUCCCUCCUGAAGUUGCUGCAGAGGCAGACUUAUACCUGCCUGUCCCACAGGUAUGGGCUGUAUCUGUGCUUCGGUGGGCUGCUGCUUCUCGUCGUCUCCGCCCUGCAGUUUGGAGAGGUUGUGUUGGAGUGGAGCAGGGACCAGUAUCAUGUGUUAUUUGAUACAUACAGAGAUAACAUAGCUGCAAAGUCCUUCCAAAACCGGCUGUGUCUUCCCAUGCCCAUCGAUGUUGUUUACACAUGGGUAAAUGGCACAGAUCCAGAGCUGGUAACACAGCUUCAAGAAGUCCGGGAGCAGAUGAAAGAACGGCAGAGAGCUUUCAGAGAAUUUCUUGGCAGAAACAAGACAGAGCCAACAAAGAGAAGCAACAAAGAACUGGAGUGUCUGCUUACUCAUUGCAUAAAGGUUCCAAUGCUCAUCCUUGACCCUCCACUUCCAGCCAACACCACCUUGAAGGGCCUGCAGGCUUCCCAGCCAGUCUUCAGCUCAGCAGUUAAAGUAUUUCAUGUUGCACAACCCAAGAACCCCUCUACGAAUGUUACUGUAAUAGCUUUUGAGACAAUUCAUGAAGCGGAAAAUGCCCAGGUGAAUGCCUUGUUUGAUAAUCGUAAGGAAACAAUCUGGAGAGGAUACAUGACCACAGAUAAAGAAGCCCCAGGUUUAGUCCUUAUACCAGACCUGGCUUUCCUAAGUGGAUUUCCCGAAACAUACAAGGAAACUGAUCAGUUAAGAGCAAAACUGCCUGAAACUUUGUCCUCAAAAAUUAAGCUGCUGCAACUGUACUCUGAAGCAAGAGUAGCACUGCUGCAACUGAACAACCCAAAGGAUUUUCAGGAAUUAAACAUCCAAGCAAAGAAGAAUAUGACUGUAGAAGGAAAAGAGCUAACUUUGAGUUCCGCUUACUUGCUGUGGGAUCUCAGUGCUGUCAGUCAGGUAAAGCAAGAUGAAGAUAUAUCCGCUAGUCGUUUUGAAGACAAUGAAGAAUUGCGAUACUCUCUGAGAUCCAUAGAAAUACAUGCUCCUUGGGUGCGUCAUGUAUUCAUUGUAACAAAUGGACAGAUUCCAUCCUGGUUGAACCUGGAUAAUCCCCGUGUUACUAUAAUAACUCAUCAAGAAAUAUUUUUGAAUACUACUCACUUGCCUACUUUCAGUUCUCCUGCUAUAGAAAGUCACAUCCACCGUAUUCCUGGACUUUCACAAAAAUUCAUAUAUAUGAAUGAUGAUGUCAUGUUUGGAACAAAUGUAUGGCCUGAUGAUUUCUUCAGUCAUUCAAAGGGACAGAAAGUUUACCUAACUUGGCCUGUACCCAACUGUGCAGAAGGAUGUCCAGGAUCAUGGAUUAAAGAUGGCUACUGUGAUAAAGCCUGCAAUAAUUCAGCUUGUGACUGGGAUGGAGGUGAUUGCCUUGGAAAUACUGCAGCAGGACGGUUUCCACCAGCAGUGCCUGGAGGGCUUUUAAAUGGUCAACAGUGGCAGCCUGGGAUUGGAAUAAGUGGUGUUUCCUACUGUAACCAGGGAUGUGCAAACUCUUGGCUUGCUGACAAAUUCUGUGACCAAGCUUGCAACGUACUCAGCUGUGGCUUUGAUGCCGGGGACUGUGGACAAGAUCAUUUCGAUGAGAUGUACAAAAUAAAUAUGUACCUUAAUAAAACACACUACAUAGUUCCGAAAGGAGAACAUUUACCCUACUUCAGUUUUGACAGCAUGGCCAAAAAAGUACUUGAUGGUGUCUAUAGUGAUAGUCAUAUUGUACGGCAUGCUUCUGCAGCCAAUAAAUGGAAGACAAUCCAUUUGAUAAUGUAUCCUGGGAUGAAUGCAACUUUGGUCCAUUUUAACCUAACAUUCCUUAGCCUGAGUGACACAGAGAUAAAAAUGCAAAUAGUCAUAGAUGUUGAUACAAGAGAUGAGCACAAACAAAAUAUUACAUCGGCAUCGAGCAAAAAAGCAGCCAUGCUUACAACGCCUACACCAGAAGCAGAGAUCUUAUUUGAGGAUAUUCCUGAAGAAAAACGGUUUCCGAGGUUUCGAAAGUAUCCACCUGUGACAGACAUGCGCUUAGAUAUCCGUAUCCCAACUAUUAACCUGUCACGUCUCCCUAACGAAGUACAGCUUGCUCUUCAAAAUCUUAACCAAAACCUGAAAAACGGAGACAUAACAAUAAAGGGUUUUAAUCUAUCUAGACUGUCUCUACUGGAACCUUAUUGGUCAUUAGCUGAUCCCAGAGACCAAAGUUUGAAUGACAACACGCAUAACAAAGGUAACAUUCUGCUGAAUGAAAGAGACAAUAAAACCCUAACUGAACAUGAAAUCGAUCCAAAAUCUAGGUUAGACAAAAGAGUUGCUGAUAUUGUAAAUGAUAAAGAAAGUCAUGCAAGUAAAAGCAUUUCUCCUAUAAAGAGGUUGACUGACCUACUGCAUAGAGAGUCACAAAUGACCAAGGCUGCAUUGCAAAAAGAUGCCAUUGAAAGAUCUGAAAACAUAGCUGUGGUUCCAGGAAGGAUGUUACAGGAGUAUCAACCAAAUUAUAAAGGAUUUUUACCCUGGGAAAAAUUUAAGUAUUUUCAGGAUCUCUUGGAUGAAGAAGCUGCUUUGCUCAGUGAUCUUUCGUACAUCACAAGCAGUAAACAUGUUGGCAGGAAGCUGCAGGACACAUUUGCGGACUCCCUUCGUUAUGUGAAUAAACUCCUUAAUAGUAAAUUUGGCUUUGCUUCUCGGAAAGUGCCUGCCCACAUGCCUCACAUGAUUGACCGCAUUGUUAUGCAAGAUCUUCAGGAUUUGUACCCAGAGGCAUUUGACAAAACCUCGGCCCAUAAAGUGCGUCACUCUGAAGAUAUGCAAUUCGCCUUUUCCUAUUUUUACUAUCUGAUGAGCGCAAUACAGUCACUGAAUAUUUCCCAUGUAUUCGAACAAGCAGACACUGACCGUUCUGGUGUUUUGUCUGACAGAGAGAUCCGCACAUUGGCUACAAGAAUUCACCAACUGCCAUUAAGUCUGCAGGAUCUCACUGGCCUGGAGCAAAUGCUUAUUAACUGUUCCAAAAGCAUCCACUACAACAGCACCGACAAAGGAGUUGUCCCCCCAACACAAGAAUCCUACUAUGAUCCUAACUUGCCUCCUAUUACCAAAGUCCUUGUACUAAGUUGUAAGCCUGUAACAGAUCUAAUACGCAAAGCAUACAAGGACAAGAAUAAAUACAGGUUUGAAAUUAUGGGAGAGGAAGAUAUUGCUUUCAAAAUGAUUCGUACCAACGUCUCGCAUGUUGUUGGGCAGUUAGAUGAUAUCAGGAAAAAUCCCAGGAAAUUUAUCUGUCUGAAUGAUAAUAUAAAACACAACCACAAGGAUGCACAGACAGUGAAAGCAGUCCUGCGGGACUUCUACGAGUCGAUGUUUCCAACUCCUUCUCAGUUUGAACUGCCGAGGGAAUAUCGCAACCGGUUUCUUCACGUGCAGGAACUGCAGGAUUGGAGAACUUACAGAGACAAGCUGAAAUUUUGGACACAUUGUGUCUUGGGAACCUUGAUCGUGUUUACAGUUGUCUCCUUUUUUGCUGAACAGUUGAUUGCACUUAAAAGAAAAAUAUUUCCCAGAAGAAGAAUGCAGAUUGAAGGCAGUCCAGAAAGAAGUAAGGUGUAAAGAAGCUACUGAUUGCGAUAGGACUUCAGUGCUUGUGAGCUGACAAGCCUCAGAUCCCCUGCACAAGUAUUACAAGAAAAAGAAGGUUCGAAGAAGCAUUGAGCACGUGCUCUGAGAUCUCUGGCUCCAGUAAAGUGGUUUCACUUGACAAGCAUUAUCUCCUGCAGAAGGAUGUUACAAGAGGCACAGCUGCGUGGGAAUGGCACACAUCUAUAUACAGGAGAGCUAAGCUGUUGUAGGAUAUCAAGCAAGUCAAGCCCAUGAUAUUUAUAUUCCAGUGGAUUGUGGAAUUACACAGCUUCUCCGGUGCCAUACAAAUGGUCGGAUGAGAUGCAUUUGUGCUCUCUUUCUCACAUCUGUUUUUUCCCCUCUUUUUACAGCCGUGGUAUUUUUUUUUGUUUUUGUUAUGAGAGAUGGUGACUGUGCUUUCGUUUAUGUAAAUACAA